GAGAGAGAGAGAGAGAGAGAGAAACGUGCGUGCGUGCGUGCGUGUGAAAAAGUAUGUGUGCAUGCGUGUGAGAAAGAGAGCGAGUGAGGGGGAGAGAUUCUUUAAUAACGAGACGUUUUGACAUCGAGACAUUCAGUUAUUAGCAAGUGUACGACGAGUAGCUCGAAAAAGCUCCCUCAUGACGAGACGUUAAAAACUUCUUGUUAUUGUUUGUUUUACAAUCUUCAUUAUAUACCGACUAAAUUGAUAAUUGCCUAUGACUAUAAGUGAAGAAGAUUGGUAUUGAGUCAGUGUAUUAUUACUUCGUAAAUUAAAAAAAUACAAUAAGUUUUUUAAAUAAGAUUGUAAUAAUAAUUGAGAGAUCAAAAAAAACAAGAGAACAUAAAAUAAAAUGUUUGUAGAGCAUUGUAUUCAGUUGUUAUAUACAGCAAUCGGUAGUACUAGCACCGAUGCUUUUCACACCCUCCUGGUGUUCUUCGGGGUGUUAGCAAUCGUACGUCUCGUACAGUGGUACCGGCAGCUGCUUUCGUUACCGCCUGGGCCGUGGGGUCUGCCGCUUUUUGGCUACCUGCCCUUCAUGAAGGGUGUCGACCUUCAUCUAAGAUUUGGCGAGCUGGCAAAGAAGUAUGGCUCAAUGUUUUCUGCAAGGCUGGGUACGCAGCUGGUCAUCGUGUUAAGCGAUUAUAGAAUCAUAAGGGAGACUUUUAGACGCGAGGAAUUCACCGGCAGGCCGCACACUGAGUUUAUCAACAUAUUAGGGGGAUAUGGUAUUAUUAAUUCCGAAGGUGCCUUAUGGAAAGACCAAAGAAGAUUUAUUCAUGAUAAGUUACGUAAUUUCGGUAUGACCUACCGAGGUACAGGAAAAAAAGUGAUGGAAACAACUAUAAUGAAAGAAGUUGAUUUAUUUAUACGAAGUUUGGAGAUAAAAGAAGGUGCGCCAACAAACGUAUCGUUUUCCUUAGGAAUGUCCAUUACGAAUGUCAUUUGUUCAAUUAUAAUGAGUGUACGUUUUAAAUACGGUGAUAGCCGCUUCAAACGCUUUAUGAACCUUAUCGACGAGGGUUUUCAACUUUUCGGACGUCUUAGCUUCGUCAAUUACAUCCCCAUGUUCCGUUAUCUUCCUUGGUUGCAAUCUGUUAAAACCAAGCUCACUGCCAAUCGUGAGGAGAUGGCUGAUUUCUUCCAAGAGACCGUCGAUCAACACAAAGCUACUUUCGACAAGAGUAACAUACGCGACCUCGUCGAUGCUUAUCUGCUCGAGAUCGAGAAAGCCAAGGCCGAAGGCCGCGAGGACAAACUUUUUCAAGGAAAGAAUCACGAUCGACAACUACAACAAAUUUUAGGUGAUUUAUUUUCUGCGGGUAUGGAAACAGUAAAAACGACGCUCGAAUGGGCUGUGAUUCUCAUGUUGCAUUAUCCGGAAGCAGCGAAGGCAGUUCAAGAAGAACUUGAUCAAGUUGUCGGAAGAUCACGAAUGCCAUCCCUUGAAGAUCUUCAAUUUUUGCCUGUUACAGAGGCAACAAUUCUUGAAGUUUUACGAAGAACAAGUAUUGUUCCACUUGGAACUACUCAUGCUACUACUCGCGAAGUCAACUUGAACGGUUUCAGAAUACCUUCAGGUUCUCAGGUUAUUCCCCUUCUACACGCUGUGCAUAUGGAUCAAGAUCUUUGGGAAGAACCAGCUAAAUUUCAACCUAACCGCUUCCUUACAGCUGAAGGAAAAGUAUAUAAGCCAGAGUAUUUUAUGCCUUUUGGCGUUGGGAGACGGAUGUGUCUUGGCGACGUACUUGCUCGCAUGGAGCUCUUCCUUUUCUUUGCUACAUUGCUUCACACAUUUGAUCUUCGGCUACCUGAGGGCGCCUGUUUACCUAGCCUGAAGGGUAAUGCCGGGGUCACAGUUACUCCCGAUCCUUUUAAAGUUUGCUUGCUCAGGCGAGACAGGGAUGUGCCAUUGCGUUGUGUUGGUUCCAAGUAAAAACACAUACAGUUCGAUAAAAUUGAAAUUCUUUUUGAUAAACAAAAAACUUUAAACAAAAAAUAAGCACGGUCGCCGUUCCUACUUCGCUCGUUUCUUGAAAGAGCGAGAGAAUCAAAUUCUCUAGUGAAUUAGAGAAGUUACGAUUUGUUACAUUAUCCUGGCAAGUAUUCAUGUUGUUUUUAACUCUGUUAAUAAUGGAGUUAAUAAUGUUCAAUAUCAUAAAAAUUAAGGGCUGCGACAAUUAUUACACAAUUAUUCAAUCAGCUGUUGAGAU